UUACUGAGAUCGCGUCUUGGAUACGCGACGCCACCAUUUUCAUUGUUGCAACUCUGCUGGUGUUCGAAUCCCGUGAGCGUUGCGAUUCGGUGACGAGAAAAGGCUUCAGCCAUGGUUUGUAGAUUGAAUCUGUAGCCAGAAACAUCAUUUUCUGCUGACCCUGAAUUAGAAGCUAUCAGACAAAGGAGAAUGCAGGAGCUCAUGGCUCGGCAUGGCACGGGCAAUCAGCAAAACCCGGAACAACAGAAAGCACAGGAUGAGGCUAAGAGGGAGGCAGAGGAACGUAGGCAAAUGAUGCUUACUCAGAUUUUGUCCUCUGAAGCUCGAGAGAGACUUGCUCGAAUUGCUCUGGUGAAACCUGACAAGGCCAGAGGCGUUGAGGACGUUCUUCUCAGGGCUGCUCAAACGGGACAGAUAGUCGAAAAGGUCUCCGAGGAGCGGCUUAUAUCGCUGCUGGAACAGAUAAACAGCCAAACCACUAAACGGACUAAAGUCACUAUUCAGAGACGUCGAGGGGUAGAUGACGAUUAGAUCAAAGGCACCGAUGGUGUAUGCUCUGCUCGUGUGUAUAUCUAUGAAAUCGUGUUCGAGUUGGUGAGUCUGCUACAAUCUUUUUAUUGUGAAUGUUGAUAAUCUUGCAGACGAUUAGAGACAAUGAAGAAUGAGCUUUGGCUUCUGAAAUAAUAAAUUCCAUUAGAUUCUCAGUAAAUUUACAUCACCAUCACAAACACGAUGCACACUCUUACAAA